AUGGCUCCCCCUCGCCGAAAGGUCCUGGCUACGGCCGAAGGAACCAUGUUCCCACCAGACGAGCUGUCCGACACCCAACAAAUCGUCCGAGCAAUCAAGGCCACAGGCAAUAACAUCUACCUGAUCGAACAAGCCGACAAGACUCAAAUGCUCGUUGAAUUACCUGCCCGCUUCCGAUCAACUUUCUGGAUUAAGCGUGGAUCCUUCCUUGUCGUUGAUACCCAGGCACAAGAGGAGCGGGAUAAUAAGAUUGGUGGAGAGAUCAUCAACAUUGUGCGCGAUGAGAAGGCCUGGAGGAAAGCUGCUUUCUGGCCAAAGGAAUUUGUUAAGCAGCCCGUAGCUGUCGUCGACUCCGAAUCUGACGAAGAGGAAUCUCGAGUUGGAAAGAUGCCGUCAUCUGAUGAAUCUGAUGCAUGA